GCGGGCCAUGUUCUCUGUGGUCACUAGACCUCUGCACAGUUUGAGAGUCUACGGUAUUUUGCAUAAGUCUACGGUCGCAAUGGCAGACGCUCUGGCUAAAAUCCCUGAUGUAGAGAUUGAUCCAGAGGGAACCUUUAAGUACAUACUGGUCAGAGUGAAAGUGAAAGAUGGCGAUGUGCAUAAAGACAUUGUCCGUGGCACAAAAAGUGCAGAGUAUCACAAUCAUAUAUUUGAAAAGGUGAGCCCUGCUAUGGAGGCCUUGGGGAUGGAGUGUAAAUGCCUUGGAGGAGGGAAGAUAGAGCACAACAACCAAGAGAAAAAAAUAAGGGUGUUUGGAGAAUCUACUGCCUUUGGGAAAGCUGACCAUUCUCUUUCUGCGGAGAAGCUGAAGACUUUCUUCAGUGACUAUGAAAUCACCUGGUCAGAUGAUAAAAAGUAGCCCUAAGGCUUCAUUACAUUUAAAAUGUCUGCCUUUAUUUAACAGUCCCUUUAUAGAAACCACAUCAUGAUGCUUUAACUGUUCUGUAAAGUGAACAUUCAAAUACAGUACUUACCCAAUGAAAGCACAAGGUCUGGUUCUGUACCUGUUUUUAAAGGAA